CUAACAAAAACUAAGCAAAACAAAACAGGAUGUGACUGCGUCCUCGUUGCUAGGAUACGUGCAUCGCCGCUUGAUAGUUGCUACGUUAGCUUUGUUAGCUUCAGACUAAAAUAACAGCAGCUUUAUUCAUUCCAGACAACAAAAAGAAGCACCAGAUGACCCAGAGGUUAUUGUAAAUGAGUUGUGACUAUUUUGGAGCACGUAUGAACCCAGGAAAACUGAACUUUAUUGGGUAACUCUGAAAAGUUUACAUUUGUUAGCCGAAGCUGCUAGCAAGUUAACGUUAAUGUCGGGCUCGUUUGUAACGUUGAUGCUGUAGUUUAGACUAAACUCGGAUAAAUGAGUGCUCGAGCCAGGCGCGCUUUAGUCAAAAACCAGCAUUAUGACGAGAGUGUAGAGCUGCACGAUGAGGACCAGGAGGUGGCCAGUGUCUACAGCCCUCCUCCCCGGACCACACAGCCGCUCUCCGCAACACAAAGAGGCCGAGCCCGGGGCCUGAUGACCGCGGACAGCAGCAGCGACGAGGAGCAGCCGCAGAAGACCAAAGACCCCUCCGGCAACAACCCUAAAACCAGACUGAGUCCUGAGACCGGACUGAGCCCAGAUGAUGAAGAGGAGGAGGAGUCCGAAGAGGAAGAGGAGACAGAGGAUGAUGAUGAUGAAGAUCAGCCCAAAACCCCAGAGGGAGCGUAUGACCCCAACGACUACGCCAACCUGCCUGUCAGCUCAGAGGGUAAGGAGCUGUUCCAGUACAUCACUCGUUACACUCCUCAAACCAUGGAGUUGGAGCAUGUGUUAAAACCGUUCAUCCCAGACUUCAUCCCGGCUGUGGGUGACAUUGAUGCUUUCCUCAAAGUGCCUCGACCGGACGGGCGAGCUGAUGGUCUGGGUCUGCUGGUCCUGGACGAGCCCAGUGUCAAACAGACUGACCCUACAGUGCUAACGCUGUGGCUAAGCGAGGAGAGCAAACAGCAUGGAGAAAUACAGACACAGAAGGUGACGAGCGUGGCGAGCCCGGAGUCGAACCCUCGGCCUGUGGAGCGUUGGGUGGACAGCAUCACGGCUCUGCACCGCUCCAAGCCUCCUCCCACCGUACACUUCUCCAAGGCCAUGCCCGACGUGGACGCUCUGCUGCAGGAGUGGCCCCCCGAGCUGGAGGACCUGCUGACCCGAGUCCAACUUCCCUCCGCAGACCUGGACCUGGGACUGGACCAGUACGUGGACAUCAUCUGUCCCCUGCUGGACAUCCCGGUGCACAGCAAGCAAACACGAGUCCAAGCGCUGCAUCAGCUCUUCACCGUCUUCCUGGAGUUCAGGGACUCGCAGCACUUUACUCACAGGCACUAGACCAGGACUGGACCAAGACUGGACCUGUACUAUGACUGGUACUAGGUCUAGGCCUACAAUAGGACUGGGCUGGGACUAGACUAGAACACGACCGGGUCUGAACUAAAUUGAAACUAAAUUGGUCAGUUUAAGAUCAGUAGUAAACCAGGACUAAACCAGGACAUAAUUCAGACCAAACCGAGACUGAACCAAAGCUCUAUCAGGAACAGGAAUAAAGAAUGGCAGAUAAUUAUAA